AUGACUUCCUCAGAGAGCUUGAGUUUCUUCUCUCCUGAAUAUACUUCGCCCAGGAUGUUUCCGGUAACACCAUCACCACGACCACCACCAUCAUCGUCUCUUAAACGUGGCAUGCCAUCGCCAUCGCCUAUGAGCCAAAUCAUCAUGUCAAAACAAGCCCUCAAUCAACCUUUGACACCAGAAGUGUCAUGUGAAAUAAUCAAGAACAAACCAGUAGUACAAUAUGUUGUGCCACGGCAACGUAGACGGACUAAUCCUGCAGUGUGGUGUGCUGCAAUACUAUGCAUGCUGUUUAGCCUACUCUUGAUAUCAUUUGGUAUUGGCACACUAGUCAUUUUCCUAUCUAUCAAACCAAGAAAUCCAGUGUUUGAUACAUCUAAUGCUAGCUUAAGUGUCAUAUACUUAGACUCACCUAAGUAUAUGAAUGGUGACUUCACAUUCAUAGCAAAUUUCACUAAUCCAAACAAGAAACUUGAUGUGAGAUUUGAGCAUUUGGCUAUUGAACUGUUUUUCUCAGAUAGCCUAAUAGCAACACAAGUUCUUCAACCUUUCACUCAGAGGCAACGCGAAACACGGAUAGUACAAGUUCACAUGAUAUCUAGCUUGGUUUAUUUGCCACCAAUUUCAGCUUUCAAGCUACAAAAACAGGUACUGAGCAACAGAGUUGUGUACAACAUCAGAGGAACUUUUAAGGUCAGAGUUAAUAUUGGCCUCAUUCAUUACUCUUAUUGGUUACAUGGGAGAUGUCAGUUAGAGAUGACAAGUCCACCAGCAGGUGCUCUUAUCACACAUAGUUGUAGAACAAAGAGGUGAAGAACUUCUGUAUAUUUGAUACUUUAGUACAGCCGAGUUGAUUUGAUUUUCCAUAUUCCUUUC